AUGCCCGCAAUGGUCACCUCUUCUCCCCGGCUGCACGCCCAUUCCCCACAUAUCUCACCCGCCGGAUCGCCCUUACUCCGACCGUCCAACCCUCCCUCCUCUCUAUCCAAGUCACAGCCGCAGCCGCACAAGCCCUCUCCUGCCCAAUCGGGGUCUUCCACGCCCCUCGGACCCUUCCCGAACCUCCUCCCUUCGCUCGGUUCGGGAUCCGGAGCGUCCUCCCUCCCUUCGUCCUCCCGCUCGUACGAGCGCGCCCGUCAGCCCACUCAGCGGCCAUACCAGUCCGCCCUCGUCUCGCGGGCGGCGGCGGGUGGUGGUCGAGCGAUCCGCGCUGUUGAAGGCGACAGUAAAGAGUUUGCGGGGCUCGUGGCGGGUAUAGUCCAGGAUCGGGGUGUAGAAUUGCGCAUGGGCGGUCUGGGUCUCGGUCUGGACACGGACGGUGGGAAAGGGCUCAAGUCAUCCCGAAGUUGCGCGGGGAGCGUGGCGGGCAGCUGGGAGAUUGAGCGUGCGGAAUUGAUCGUUGAUGUCCCUGUAUGGAGUCCGGGCUGUUUCCAGGACCUAUCCACACUGCACGCGCUCCGGGAUACGACUCUCUCCCACACCCACUCGCUCCUCGCGCACCUCAUGUCCGUCCACGGCAUCACCGCGUCGUACCGCCUCCUCGCGCGCUCUGCCGUCUCGCACGGGCGCGGGGACCCCCGGCACUCUGGUUGGGGCUGCAUCCGACUCGCACCCCUCGCUUUGGCCUCUCCGGCCGGCCGAGCUGUUCUCAAACCAAAGAUCCGGCGCUCGUCUAUGGAUAUCAAGGAUACUCGGUCUCUUUCGGGCGAGAGCGACCAUGGGAACGGUAGGGACAGGGCGCGGGGUUUCCGGUCGACAGUGACAAAGGCACUGGGUGCGCCUGUCUUGGCAAAGAGGACGGGCACUCCCAGUCCUGCUGCGCGAGCGGGGAUGGUGGAGGGGCUGAAGACCCCGGAGAUGCGGCUGGAUCAUGCGAUUGCGGAUGAUGAUGAAGUGGCGGAUGGGGAGGUGGGGGCGGCCGUCAGGCUGCGGAAGGGGUAUGCGAGGUCGGCGAGCCCGAGCGAUGAUGAGGAUGAGGAAGACGCGGAUACGCUCGUGGCUAGGGAAGUGGAGAAGAGGGGCGCGAAGGAGGGGACGGCGUUCUUGAUGACUCUCUUCGGCGGACCGGCGCUCAUCCUCGUCUGA